ACUUUUGAAUCUGUUUUCGUAUUUGUCCAAGAUCUUGAAAGACAGGGAGAGACGAAAAGAACACAAGAAAGAGAGUACAUCAAGACGCUCCCUUGAUUUCUCAAGUUCAGAAGACACAGAGUAAGGACACUUACCAGAUUCAACGUGGAACCUUCAGUGAUGGAACCAGCAACAACGCUGUUUUAUCUGGAUUACUAUGAUGCUACCAGCCCGGAUCCUCGUAUCAUGGAGACUCCCUCCCACACUUCCUACACAUCUGUCUUCCUCCCUGUCUUUUACGCAGCUGUGUUCCUGACUGGAGUGUUGGGGAAUUUCAUCCUCAUGGUCACUCUGCAUUUCAAACACGGCAACCGAAGAUUGAUCGAUAUCUUUAUCAUCAACCUGGCUGCCUCGGACUUCAUUUUCCUUGUCACACUGCCACUUUGGGUAGAUAAGGAAGCCUCUCUGGGACUGUGGAGGACUGGCUCUCUCCUGUGCAAAGGCAGCUCCUAUACGAUCUCAGUGAACAUGCACUGUAAUGUCUUCUUGCUCACGUGUAUGAGCAUGGACCGCUACCUGGCCAUCAUGCGCCCAACCUUAGCCAGGAGAUUAAGAAGGAGAAGCUGUGCAUACGCGGUGUGUGCUGUCAUCUGGAUCAUCUCAUGCCUCUUAGGAUUGCCCACUCUUCUGUCCAGAGGGCUCACUCACAUUGAAGGCAAGCCGUACUGUGCAGAGAAGAAACCCACGUCAUUAAAACUGAUGUGGGGGCUGGUAGCCUUGAUUGCCACCUUUUUUGUCCCCCUCCUGAGCAUUGUGUCCAGCUACUGUUGCAUCACAAGGAGGCUGUGUGCUCAUUACCAGCAGUCGGGAAAGCAUAACAAGAAAUUGAGGAAGUCCAUAAAGAUCAUCGUUAUUGUGGUGGUGGCCUUCACCAUCUCCUGGGUGCCUUUUAACACUGUCAAGCUCCUAGCCAUUGUUUCAGGAUUGCAACCUGAAAGCCAGUUUCCCUCCGAGUCUCUUCAGCAGGCCAUGAAGGUGACUGGGUCCUUGGCAUUUGCCAACAGCUGCGUCAACCCUCUCCUUUACUAUAUCUUUGACAGCUAUAUCCGCCGGGCCAUGGUACGCCGCCUGUGCCCUUGUCUGAAGACCCACAACAUUGGGAGUAGCACUGAGACAUUAGACAGUCACCUCACCAAGGCUCUUGCCAACUUCAUUCACUCAGAAGAUUUUGUCAAGCGGAGGAAGAGGUCUGUGUCACUCUGAAAGGAGCUGUGACAUUUCAAGUUCUGUUGGCACUCUUGGGAAGCUGGGUUUUGUCAGCAGCAGAGGAAGAGAAAAGCAUUAAAGAUAAAAUUCAUAUUGAUUCAUAAAUCCAAGCAAGCGUUGGCUUUUUUUAAAGCCUCCCUGAAGAGCUCCUGUACUGUGGAUGUAAUUAGGACAUAUGCGGCAUUUUAAACCUUGGAGGUCUUACUUGGGAAUCAAGCCAACCAGACAAAAUACAAACUCCAUUGUCCCUGAACUCGAAGUCCGUUUUCUUCAUGCGUGCUAACACAACUUCAGGUCUCUCAAGACCACCCACUGUUCAGGCUGGGCUGCGUUUGAAAGAGACGCCUUCAUCUGGUAAGAAAUGUAGCGAGAUGCUGGAUAACAAAAGCAAAAAUACCUGUACUCUGUAACUCACUGUCCCUGAGUUACUGAGAUCGAUUCUGGUCCCAAUUAAUAGUCUAUCGGGUGAGUCUUCCUCUCAGUCCUGCAUUGGCUUUCAAGUCAUAGC